AUGUUGGUGAAGACAGUAACAGACGGAGCAGGAUCAGCAUUGCUCUUGUCCCAUUCUACGGACGGGGCCAUCAGGAGCACGGGGCGCGUGCGUGAAGCACAGCACCGGAAGGGUAGCGUUGCAUCAGGAGAGCUGCUGUCGUACCACGCCCCCAUGGCGCAGAUGCAGAUACCUCCCGGAACGAGAAAUCGGCAUCAAGCACACGAUGUACCGACGACGACGUACGCGCAGCUUGCAUGGCCGCCCAAGGGCACGUCACCCGAAGACGGUGGCCCUAAGUUGGAUGACCGGCAAUAUGGUCGAAAUCAUUGCCCGCCGCGGUCGAUGCCCUCUGCCGUGGCGAUGGACGACGACCCGGCACCGCGCUCACCGGCACGGCCAGGACCAGAAGAAUCCCUGCCUACAGCCGCCAACCCGAGCGACGUGCUCCUGGUAGACUUGGGAAGCCGGUUGCUAUUGCAAGAAGACCUAGAGAAGGCGCUCCGCUUAUGGACGCGACCGUCUAUCCUUAUUGCGGGGAGGAACUCACUGGAUCGACUGCCCGCAAACGUGCCUGGAACAAUACUUUACCUAGAUCUCUCAUGGAACAGACGCGUGCGAUCACGAUACAUUCUUCUUGGUGCCACGCAACACUUUCCGUGCCCCCCUCUCUGCUCCCAUCCGAACCAAAGACUUGCAUCGUUGGAGGGAUUUGCGGCGCUACCCAACUUGCGCGAGCUGGACGUUAGCCACAACAGCGUGCAGGACAUGCUUGGGUUGGGUUCAAACGUGAACCUACGCGUUCUCCGCAUAUCUUACAACCGCAUACGACGAAUCGAGGGGAUUCAUCAGCUGAAACGUUUGGAAGAGGUGGAUUUCUCUCACAACUCCCUCAAAACGAAGGAGGACGUGCGUGCGCUCUCGCUCAAUGCCGCGCUCCGCCGCCUCCGCAUCGAAGGCAACCCUUACUGCUCCACGGGGGUACAGCACGGGACCUACCAGAUAGCCUUGCAGCACCUGUUGCCGGGAAUGAGGCUCCUGGACGGCAAACCUCCCCAGGUGCUGUCGCUGUCCCUCUCCUCUACCAUGCCGUUACCCCCUCCCCCUCGGCCGCCUGCGCCUGGCAAGCCGGCGGAUCACCACCGCCACAACAGCCGCAGGAUGCCCCAUCGUACCAGCCGAGGGCCCCCCUCCUCCUGUUCCCCCGACCGCCGUGGCAGCGGGUCGAUCAGGGAGGGCUUCAUGGCUGCUUCCUCGCUCGACUUCGUGGGCGACCUCAGCGUAGAAAGGCGGUGGCGCGAUUCCGCGGUCGCAGGCAAAAGCCUGUACCCACAAUUCGCGCCUGACUCUCACCAGCGUGCUGCCGCCAGCGGGGGCGUCCGCGGCGGUGCCAGGGCUCGUGGCAGCGGCGACGGCGAUGGUGGCCGUGGUCGGGAACCGUGCAUCAAAGUUACGACCGGGGGAGGGGGUCCAACGGUGGCCCCCGGGUCAUACGCGGAGAUUUUUGUCGCGGCAAUGCGCAAGCAAGGCUCAACAUCGAGGGCGGUUGUUGAUGACCCCGCCGCCUUUACAACUGCUGGGGUUUCCAACAGCAGCACCCUUGCCCCUACGCAAAAGGGAGUGGUGGGGACGGUGGCGACGGAGCGGCAGCAGCAGCAGCAGCCGGGGCACCGCGCCGCCGCUCAGGCCUCGCACGGCGAGACGUCGGUGGCGGCGGCGUAUCGCCCCGGCAAGCGCCGCAUCCCCGCCGGCGGUGCCGAAGUCGUCCCCAGCGGCGGCGCCUCCGCGCCACCGUCCGCGGCGACCGCCUCGCUUCUUUCCUACCGCGGGCUGUCGCGUGCGGAGAGGGGGGCAGCACGUCGCGAGGCCUGGAGCCAGGCGCGGCGGGAAGGUGCUGUGGGGGACGGCAAGAUGCAGGGGCAAAGAGCAAGCCGUUGGCAAAGGAAUAUCGCCCCGGGUGUUGGUGGCGGUGGUGUUGCAAGGAAUAAGCGGGCUGUAGGCGUUAGGUCGCUUGAGCCUACGACAAGGUCGGCCCGCCGGCGCACAUCGGUGAGUGGGAGCCAGAUGUGCAGGGUGGCCGCUGCAUCAAGCCGCCACCCUCGGCAAGCCAGCGGCACCGGUGGCGACCAGGCGUUCGACACGGACGGUAGCGCGGAAGGCGUCGGCGGUGGCACCUCCUCCUCCUCAAAGCUCGGCAGGGGGGGGGCGGUGGGCCCACGAAUCAGCGUCCGCAGCAACAGCGGCAGCAACGCCAGGGGCGGGCGGCGGUCAGGGGGAGACUUGUGGGCGAAGCCCGGUGCGACGCGAAAGCCGGUCAGCAUUAGCAAUUCCCGCAGCAGGCAAACCCCGUCAACGGCUAGCGGGGGGGAAGCGGUAACGACGAGAGGGCGAGGCGGGACCCGGUCUGGCGAUGGCGAGAAAACCGCGCGGUCGGCCCUGUCGAAAGAUAGCCGGGCCGGGGGCAGCGGCGGCGGGAGGCCCAACGGUAACGACCGAUCGCCUUCCAGCUACCGGUUCAGGACCACGCUCGGGCGGAGGGGUAGCCAGCAGCCCCCCCGUCCCCCGGCCCCGGUCGCGUCGCCGUGGACGCCGCGCGAGGAUGCUAGGCCGUGGGGAUGGGACGGUGGCAAGGAGGGCGACCGGGGGCACGGCGAAGACGACGAAGAUGAUGAAAUACGCGACGUCGACGCGAUCGCGGACGACGAUCAUGUUCUUGGGUACGGUGACGGCAGCAGCGGCGGAAAGGGAACGUUCGUGUCACCGCUGUCUACCGCGGGGAUCCUCCACCGGAUAUCGUCGAGCAGGCGGUCUUCUGCUGUGGCGGCGGGUCUGUCAGCACCGCCCUCGGCUGCCGCUGCGUCUUCCGGCGCCGUGUUGAGGGGGGAUUGCCCGCAGCACCAGGCAGGGGCGCCGCGGAAUCAGUGGCAAGAUUCAGACCCGGGUGUUCGCGAAAGCGGUGGCGGAGGAGCGUCAUCGGCAGCGGCCACCGAGGGUGAUCGCGACAGCGGUGGGCCGUACGACCAAAGAAGGAACCUCGUCGCCUCCCAUCACUCCUCCGAACGAGACCUCUUGCAACCGCCAUCGUACGACAUGCUGGAGCAGUUUUCCGGGGGGGGGCGUCGAAGCGGAAGCGGCCACGACUUUUCUCCUUCCGCCGGCGCGGGUGGCGAUGGGAGGGGGGAUGGCCGAAUGGGCGGGAUGUCCCGCGAAGAAGCCCAUGACCACCGCCACUACCACCACCGACGACAUCCGUACCAGCACCAACUGCAUCAGCACCACCAUUAUCACCACCGGCGAGGUGUCGGCCCAACGAAAACGAGCACGCACAAUCGUCCACGCGGGAAGGCCACGACGAGGCACUCGAGCUCCCUGCGGCGGCGCCGACGGCUAGAGGUAGAAGAAGACGAUGACGGCAACGACGAAGGAGAAGACGGCACAAGAGAGUACCCAGGUAGUGUCCUCGAGGGAGAGGCCGAGCCUGGGUUCGAAGCCUGGCCUGACAGUCGUGUCGUAGCCUUUGACGACGACAGACACGACGGCGAUGAAGAAGAGCAUGAUCACGAUCGGGGGCAGGAGCGGCUACAGGAGGAGCGAAGGCGGCACCUCGAGAGGCACCUCCCGUAUCAGCAGCAAGGUAUUUGCGUGACGGACACCGGCGCUGCUGCUGCUGAUGACGACGGCGGCGGUCCGUACGCCUACCGCAGUGACGGUGACCACGAACAGCGUUCCUGCGAGGGAAACAGACCUUCUCCAAUCGGUCGUAACGGCGGUAAAGAAACGGCGGAGCUGGAGGAGGAUGAGGCAAAGGAGGAGGAGGGGCAGGACCGGGAGGAUGAAGAGGGGCUAGAGGGCGGAGGAGGUUCGGGAGCAACGGCCACAGGGAAGGGCCAGCGGCAGCAGCGGCAGCGGCGGCACCAACAGCAGCAGCGGCGACAGGACGUGAGCAACAAUCAACCCGAGGCAGCCGGAGACAGCACCGAAGAAGAGGAGGUAUUCGAAGACGAGGUCAUGGACAUGCUGUCGUUCUUGGUCGCGGGGCCCCAUGGCGGGGGCGAAACGUCCAAUAAAACCUCGCAGCCAGAGGAGGAGGAGGACGAGGAGGACAACGAGGAGGAGGGCGAGGAGGACGAGCAGCAGCGGCGGCCACAGCAGCCGCUGCCGCAGCCAUGGCGGCAGUCGAGUCCCGUGGUGUACGGAUAG